UUGAUUCAAAUUGGUAUACAUUACCACAUUCAGAUCAUAUUAUUCAGCUUAUUUAUUAUGUACAUGAAAAGGAGUUAAUUAGUUUUAAGGGUAAAUGUUUUUUCUUAUUAUUGGGUGAUGUGAAUGGAUUUGGAGGAAGAAAUAUGCCUUUGAUUUAUAAUGGUGGUUCUGGAUCGGGAGGAAGUAAUUCAACUGGCAAUCCAAAUAAUCCAGGAUCUAAUCCAAAUGAAUCAGGUGCUAAUAAACCUAAUAAUUCUGGAUCUGGUUUAAAUCAAAAACAAAAAUUGGCUCUUGAUGAAAUAUUUAAAAAUCUUCAAAUGCAACGAACCGAUAAUGACGAUAAUAACCUUGAAGAACUCAGAAAAGUUUCACAAAAACUUGCAGAAUUAUUUAAUAUGCAAAAU